UGCUGUCAUUCGGUGUCUUACUAGCCGUCAGCCGAAGGAGGCAGAGGAUCCCCAGCGAGGAAGGUACAGGAAAGAACCAGCAAAACCAGCAACAUGUCUCUGUCUAACAAACUCACCCUGGACAAGGUGGACGUCAAGGGGAAGCGCGUCAUCAUGAGGGUUGACUUCAACGUUCCCAUGAAGGACAAGCAUAUCACAAACAACCAGAGGAUCAAGGCGGCCGUUCCCAGCAUCAAACACUGCCUGGACCACGGGGCCAAGUCCGUUGUGCUGAUGAGCCACCUGGGCCGUCCUGAUGGAAACUUUGUGCCUGAUAAAUAUUCCCUGGAGCCUGUUGCUGCUGAGCUCAAGACUCUGCUGGGAAAGGACAUCACCUUCAUGAAGGACUGUGUGGGUGCAGAGGUGGAAGCUGCCUGUGCUAACCCCGCCGUGGGAUCCGUCAUCCUGCUGGAGAACCUCCGCUUCCACGUCGCCGAGGAGGGAAAAGGCAAGGACGCCUCUGGAAACAAGACCAAGGCCUCCCAGCAGCAGAUUGACUCCUUCAGGGCGUCUCUGUCCAAACUGGGAGAUGUUUACGUUAACGAUGCCUUCGGCACAGCUCACAGAGCCCACAGCUCCAUGGUGGGAGUGAAUCUGUCUCAGAAGGCAGCUGGUUUCCUGAUGAAGAAGGAGCUUGACUACUUUGCCAUGGCUCUGGAGAAGCCUAAGAAACCCUUCCUGGCCAUCCUCGGAGGAGCCAAGGUGAAAGAUAAGAUCCAGCUGAUCAACAACAUGUUGGAUAAGGUUAAUGAGAUGAUCAUCGGUGGCGGCAUGGCCUUCACCUUCCUCAAAGUCCUCAACAACAUGGAGAUUGGUACCUCUCUCUACGAUGAGGAGGGCGCCGGCAUCGUCAAAGACCUGAUGGCCAAAGCCGAGAAGAACGGCGUCAAGAUCACACUGCCCGUCGACUUCAUCACCGCUGACAAGUUUGAUGAGAAAGCCACCACCGGCACCGCCACCGUCGCUGCUGGCAUCCCUGCCGGCUGGAUGGGGUUGGACUGUGGACCAGAGAGCUCUAAGGCCUUUGGAGAGGCGGUGGGCAGGGCCAAGCAGAUCGUGUGGAACGGCCCAGUCGGUGUGUUUGAGUGGGACCACUUUGCCAAAGGGACAAAGAACCUGAUGGACAAAGUGGUCGAGGUGACCAAAACAGGGUGCAUCACAAUCAUUGGUGGGGGUGACACUGCCACCUGCUGCGCCAAGUGGAACACAGAAGACAAGGUCAGCCAUGUCAGCACAGGAGGCGGCGCCAGUCUGGAGCUGCUGGAGGGUAAAGUCCUGCCUGGCGUGGACGCCCUCAGCAGUGUCUAAACUUCCUAUCAGCCCGCUGGUGUGUGUGUCUGUAUGUGUGUGUGUGAGUUUGAGUGUAUGAGAGGUGGGUAGCUACUCAGCCAGAAACUCCUGAAACCUUUCCACCCUGCAAAAAAAACCCCACAACUGCUUUAUCAGCCAUGUCAUCUUGUAUUCAGGCUUUGUUUUUAAAGUAAUGCCAGUUGUGAUUCACAGGGGAUAAUUUCCAUUUCUAUCGAUGCUGUCUGUAACAAGUAGAGCCUUCUGCCUUACUUUAACCUGCUGAUAAAACUCUUCAAGUCAAACUGCUGGGAAUCUUGAGUCAUCACUUGACAUUGAUGGCUAUUUUUUGCGAAAUCAGACUUGUUAAAGAAAGAUCAAAUGGCUUGUUAACGUGGAAGUUUUCUUUUGCUCAGGUGAUAGAUUUUCCUGCUGACCUGCUUAAUGGACGGCUGAAACACAAACACCCUCCACAGCGUUACUGUCACCUCAUUCUGGGUUUAAACAGCAGGUGUCAGUGUUCUGCUUCACUUGCCCGCUUGUUUUCUCUCUGACCCGUUGCGAUUUCUUCUGUUUUCCUUUUAAAAAUCAUGAGAGGAGUCGCCAGCGUUCACCCCUGAGAAACUAAAACACUGGCUCUUGUGUAUGUGUGUGAGUGUGUGUAUUGCUGCAUCACUUUUCCAAAGCCACCAUGCAAUGUCUUUGCACCACCCUUGACAGAGUGUAUACAUACAGUAUAUAUACACACACAAACACACACACAUAUAUAUGUAUAAACGGUUAAUAUGUGUGUGUACCUAGACGUUGUAUUUUCUGUCUGUUCACACGAACGUCUGCUCUGGUCAUCUGUCUUCUCUGGCUGUUGGUUUCUGAGCAGCGUCAGACUGAGAUGUGGUGUCGAUCUUGGCUGAUCUGUUCAGGUUAAUAAAACCGUCUGUGUAAAAAAAA